GUGGAGUUUUUUUUUUUUUCCUUUUUUUUAAAGGAACGGACAUAUGGCUACUCUUUCGGAUAUAGGACUUGCUGCAGCAAUCAAUAUUCUCAGUGCAUUUGUGUUCUUCGUGGCUUUUGCCGUUUUAAGGCUUCAACCUUUCAACGAUAGAGUCUAUUUCCCUAAAUGGUAUCUCAAGGGCUUACGAAGCAGUCCGACUCGUUCGGGGGCAUUUGUUCGCAAGUUUGUCAACUUGGACUUCCGGUCAUACAUUAAGUUUUUAAAUUGGAUGCCAGAUGCGCUCAAAAUGCCUGAACAAGAACUUAUUGAGCAUGCGGGAUUGGAUUCUGCUGUUUACUUGAGAAUUUAUCUGAUGGGACUGAAGAUUUUUGUUCCCGUGGCAUUCCUGGCGUGGACUAUUUUGGUACCAGUAAAUUGGACAAACAGCACUCUAGAGCUAGCCAAGCUUAAGAAUGUAACUUCGAGCGAUAUUGACAAACUCUCAAUUUCAAAUAUCCCACAGCAAUCGAAUAGGUUUUGGGCUCAUAUUAUAAUGGCUUAUGUCUUCACCUUGUGGACAUGCUAUGUUUUGCUUAAGGAGUAUGAGAUGGUUGCUUCAAUGCGGCUGCAGUUUCUUGCAUCAGAACGGCGACGCGCUGAUCAAUUUUCGGUACUUGUCAGAAAUGUUCCCCCAGAUCCGGAUGAGUCUGUUAGUGAGCUUGUGGAGCACUUUUUCUUGGUUAAUCAUCCGGAUCAUUAUCUGACCCAUCAGGUGGUGUAUAACGCAAAUAAGCUUGCUCAGUUGGUCAAGAAGAAGAAGAAAAUGCAGAACUGGCUAGACUAUUAUCAGCUAAAGUAUGAUAGACAUAAUUCAAAAAGACCCUUUACAAAGACUGGCUUUCUUGCGCUCUGUGGGAACAAGGUUGAUGCUCUUGAUUAUUAUAAUUUGGAAAUUGAGAAACUAUCAAAAGAAAUAGUUGCAGAAAGAGAGAGAGUUGCAACUGAUCCAAAGUCUAUAAUGCCUGCUGCAUUUGUUUCCUUCAAAACGAGAUGGAGUGCCGCUGUCUGUGCACAGACUCAACAGUGCAGAAAUCCAACUCUAUGGCUCACUGAUUGGGCUCCAGAGCCACGUGAUGUGUAUUGGCAAAACCUUGCCAUCCCAUAUGUUUCUCUUACAAUCAGAAGACUAAUAAUGGCCGUUGCGUUCUUUUUCCUCACCUUCUUUUUCAUGAUACCCAUUGCUUUUGUGCAAUCUCUGGCAAGCAUUGAGGGGAUUGAGAAAGUAGCUCCUUUUCUCAAGCCCAUUAUUGAAAUCGGUUUCAUUAAGUCGUUCAUCCAGGGUUUUCUGCCUGGGAUUGCGUUGAAGCUUUUUCUCAUUUUCCUCCCUACAAUAUUGAUGAUCAUGUCUAAAUUUGAAGGCUUCAUAUCUCUAUCAUCUCUUGAAAGGAGAUCAGCAACUAGAUAUUAUCUUUUCAAUCUUGUGAAUGUAUUCCUCGGGAGCUUAAUUGCUGGUUCUGCCUUUAAGCAGCUAGACUCAUUCGUUCAUCAGUCGCCCAGCCAAAUUCCUAAAACAAUUGGGGUGGCCAUUCCCCAGGGAGCAACUUUCUUCAUUACUUACAUUAUGGUUGAUGGUUGGGCUGGAAUAGCAGCAGAGAUUCUAAUGCUGAAGUCUUUGAUUAUCUACCACUUGAAGAAUUUUUUCUUGGUGAAAACUGAAAAGGAUAGGGAGGAGGCAAUGGAUCCUGGAAGCAUUGGUUUCAACACUGGAGAACCUCAAAUUCAGUUUUACUUCUUACUGGGGCUUGUAUAUGCUACAGUGACACCUGCCUUGCUUCCUUUCAUACUCGUUUUCUUUGGCCUGGCUUAUGUCGUGUUUCGUCAUCAGAUAAUAAACGUCUACAAUCAGGAGUAUGAAAGUGGUGCAGCAUUCUGGCCUGAUGUGCAUGGUCGCGUUAUUGUUGCAUUGGUUAUAUCACAGUUGCUUCUAUUUGGACUGUUGGCUACAAAGGAAGCUGCCAAUUCAACUCCAUUCCUCAUUGCUCUUCCAGUUCUCACCAUCUAUUUCCAUAGGUUCUGCAAAGGCCGUUAUGAACCUGCCUUUGUUAGAUAUCCAUUACAGGAGGCAAUGAUGAAGGACACUCUAGAACGUGCGAGGGAACCGAACCUGAACCUGAAGAGCUUCCUUCAAAAUGCAUAUCUCCACCCAGUAUUCAAAAGUGCGAAUGACGACGACGACGAAGACGACGACGAUUUUGCUGAGAAGUGGGAAAACGAGAGUGUCCUCGUUCCCACAAAGCGGUCGUCCCGUAGGAACACUCCGCUGCCUAGCAGAAUCAGUGCCACGUCAUCACCGUCUCUGCCCGAGGUUCAUGAAGAUUCCCAGCCUUAAGUUUCGGGGCAGGGGACUUGUAUUUUAGCUGUAAAUUAGGCCCUUAAGAGAGAAGGGUUUCUUGUGAAUUAGAUGAGCUUAUGAACAACACAAACGCAGUUUGAGUAUUUUGUUGUAUAGAGAAUAGGUAGGCCGUUGAGCGGGUUAUCUGCUGAAUACUAAAGUAGCUUGCAAGAUGUACUUAGUUUCAAUACCUUCAAUAUAACGUGCAUCUGAGACACUUUUUCGUGGUAUACAA